CUGACAGCUAAUUUUUAAGAAAAUGAUGUAAACUUUAAUAAUAAUUGAUUAUUAAUCAUAGAAAAGGAAAUAAUUGACGAUUAUUAUUAACACAAUUAGGUUAGUUUUAUAUCUUUUGAAUUAUUCCACACUCUAAAUGCUCACUGUUGAUAUUACUGUCGAGUCUCGAAUAGAAAGUUAAACAUACAAUAAACAAAUGGAAGCACCAAUAGAAAAAAUAGUAUACCAGCCCCAAGAAUUUCUACCGCCAGCACCUCAAACAAUCAAUCCGGCUAUUCAAAAAUGGUUUCAAACAGUAGACAGAGAUCGUUCGGGCGAAAUCAAUUGGGAAGAACUACAAUCUGCUUUAGUUAACGCUCAAGGUGAACAUUUCUCGUCCAUAGCAUGCAAAAUGAUGAUAUCCAUGUUCGAUGCGGAUCGUACAGGAACAAUUACAAUCAACGAAUUUCAACAAUUAUACACCUACAUAAACCAGUGGCUGGUCGUGUUCAAGAACUACGACCGCAACGGAUCGGGGAGCAUCGAAGAGAUGGAACUGGCGCAGGCGCUCCAGCAGAUGGGCUUCAGGUUCUCUAACGAUUUCGUCAAGUUUUUGAUCAACAGGAGCGAUUUUAAAACUCAUAGCAAAAUCUCCGUGGAUCAGUUCAUCGUGAUUUGUGUGCAGAUCCAGAAAUUUACGGAGGCUUUCAAAGCUCGGGAUACUCAUUUUAGAGGUUCGAUUACUGUCGGUUUCGAGGAAUUUAUCAAGAUUGCUAUCGAUUCAUUUCCAUAAUAAUAAGUCUAAUGCCAAUGGAGGAUUAAAGAAAGUAUUUAAUUGAUUCAGAGCAAGAUAUGUUGGUUGUAUAAUGCAGAUUUUUAUUUAUUUUUUUAAAUAAUUUUUAAUAAUUGUGUUGUAUUAAUGGGA